CAGAAGGAUCAGUGUAACGAGAAGCUGCUAAUCAACAGGGUGUGUAGUAAUUAUUUCUGAAGGGGUGUGUGCUGGUUGAUCAGGAUGGGUGACUUCACCUGAGAAAGAGGGAAAAAGGGCUGGAGACUCGAGAACAAAACACACUGUUGGCACUUUCCACAAAUAUGCAUGACAACACGCCUGCAGCACACUUUACAUUGACACGCAAACACCUGCGCAUUGUAUGUGUGUCAGUCAAAAGAGAGGAAUUACUGUUGUUCAUAUUCAUAACCACAGACGCCUGAUUUCAGAUCACUGCUGUCUGGAUUCACAUCUAUAACACAAUAUGAGCACACAGACCAAAUCCGUUGUGAUGAACACAGACAGCGGCAAGAAAAGAACCGUCCUGAAAGACAACAGCUGGAUCAGAAGAAACGCAGAGGAGGACGAGUCCGUCGAUUAUGAUCCUAACCCUGGUAAAGUAGUUCUGGGUCAGCGGAAAUCAAGAGAAGAUGUUGACAGCAAACCGCUGGAGGACGAUCAAACCUCAGCUAACUCUGGGACGUCCAUCAGCAACUUAACCAAGAGGUUCGGUGGCAGUCAGGAGCUGCUCAACAAAAGCAGCAGUGUGAACACUAAGAGCGGAGCCGUCUCCAUCACAUCGCCCUCCAAACCUCCGAUCCCUGUCAGGAAUCCGGCGCUCAAGACUCCCAACGGCUCCAGCUUCACAGCGAGAGUGUUCUCCGGAGCAAACACCAGCAGCAAACCGUCAAGUCCUGUUAAACGCACGUUUGGUGAGAAGCUUCCGGAGGUCACAGCGUUUCAGAACACAAACGGAACACAGGUCAAGACGGUUUAUACAGAGAUUCCCGCUGCAUCCCCGACCCUGCGCUCUCCUCUACAGACGCUGGAGUCCAGCAGAACACAGGUCAAGACGGUUUAUACAGAGAUUCCCGCUGCAUCCCCGACCCUGCGCUCUCCUCUACAGACGCUGGAGUCCAGCAGAACACAGGUCAAGACGGUUUAUACAGAGAUUCCCGCUGCAUCCCCGACCCUGCGCUCUCCUCUACAGACGCUGGAGUCCAGCAGGACGGUCAGCAGUCGGGAUGUUUGUACGGUCUGUGGGAAACCCGUCUCUGGAUCAGAGAGGAUGAUUCUGGAAGAUCUGAGGAUCAUCAGCCACACGUCCUGCUUCAGGUGUGCAGUGUGUCGCUGUGAUCUCGGCGGUCUGGAGGCAGGAAAGUCUCUCUGGGUUUAUCGGGAGCGAGUGAACUGUGCAAACUGCUUCAGUAAAAUCAGAGGUCAGUGGUAUAUUUGAGACAAACAGGCAUCAAUCUACAUGGAGACACUGAAUAUGAAUAAAGACAAUAAUUCAACACAACUGAUCUUAUAAAUUACAGUUGAUAAUGAUAUAAAAAGGCAUGCUUUAUAUUAUAUUCCUGAGGAAAAUGUUUACAGGAUUUAUAUGGUAAUGCUUUCUUGAGGUUAUUAAUGGGCAAAGCUUUGAUAAUUCAUGAAUUAUACACAAAUAUGCAAAUGCAAUCUGUUCUUUCAAUUUCAUUUAAGUGUAACUGACAUUAUUGUUCAACUUUAAACAUGAUAUGCACAUAAUAAAACUCUAUUCUGAAUCUGACAA